AGGGGAGGUGUUCCAGCGCUUGGACGGUUUCUGUAACCCUCCUCUAGACGCGCUCUGACAGCUUCACACCUUUCCUUUGCUGACGGCCGCAGCCCUCAGCGCAUGCUCCAGGUGGGGCCCAGGUGGAGCCAGAGGGAUCAGUCCCCUCCCUGCCCACUGCCACCCCUCUGUUAAUGCGGCCCAAGACGCUCGUGGCUUUCUGGGCUGCAAGUGCGCAUUGCUGCCUCAUGUCCUCCAGCUGCUCGAACCUCCCCAGGGCUGCGCUCGUGGAGUUCUUCUCCCAGUCUGUACACACAUCUGGGAUUGCCCUGACCCAGCACCGUGCACUUGGCCUUGUUAAACCUCAUUGGAUUCGCGUGGGCACAUUUCUCCAGCCUGUCCGGGACCCUCUGGAUGACAUCCCUUCCUUCUGUUACGUCCAUGUCCCACUUAGCCUGGUGCCAUCAGCAAACUGCUGAGAGUGCACUCAAUCCCGUCAUCUGUGUCACUGAUAAAACAAGUACUGGUCCCACAUGGGCCCCUGGGAUGGACCACUUGUGACCAGCUGCCACCUGGACGUGAAGCUGUUGACAACAACCCUCUGGCUGCAAUUAUCCAACCAGUUCCUUAUCCACCAAAUACUCCAUCCUUCAAACCCUUAUCUCUCAAUUGGAGAGAUAAGGGUGUGGUGCGGCACCAUGUCAAAGGCCUCAGACAAGUCCACGUAGGUGACAUAAUCUGCCCUUUGUUUGUCCACUGGUGCCUCCACUCCAUCAUAGAAGGCCACCAGAAUGGUGGGAAGAUUCAAACUCUACUGCUGUACCAACAUAACCACAUCUGAAACUGUGGGCCAACAUAACAAAGUAGGAGGCACUACUUUUGGAGCGUCCCUCGUAGAUGUUGUAUUUACCCAGGAGCGGAGGGCUCCAUGAUAGUCCCUUCCUGAGCCCAGAUCCCACUAGAGGGCUUCAGCAGGAGCGAAGGGAUCUGUUUCAUAACCUCCCCAGUGGGGAUUUGGGAAACCUUGGUCUCAGAAAAUUGUUUCAAAAAAUAAACCUUAAUGAACACAGUCCAGCUGCAGGAGUGGGUGUUCACUGUGGUAUAACUGUGAAUUCGUACAAAUGAGAAGGAGAGUUAAUUCUUCCUAAUGAAUUUGUAAACUCAGCAUCUUUAAUUUGUAUUAUUUAAUAACUCACCAUGCCACAUGUCCUUCACGCAAUCAUACGUAUUCACACCAAAAUCCUGGGCCAAAUACUGAUGUAAUACUACACAGUAAAAUUAAUCUUUUAGUAGCCCAGUCAGUUUGAAGGAAUUGCACAAUACUAAGUUGAUUUUUGAAGUAAAUGCAUUUUAGUAAGAGGGGUGGAAAUAACAAAAUGAAUUCAAUUAAGAAAUAUGUGGUUCUGCCAGAAUUUAAUUUUAAAUGACUGCAAAGAGAGGGAUAUGUUGCAUGCUUUUGUUAAGCAAGAAAUAAAUAAAAUGUUCUCUAAGUGUUGGAGAUAAUUGGCUAAGUGCUCAACUGUUUAGUUUUUAAAAGAAGAUCACACUUAAGUGCCUAAAGCUUUUAUUAAUUGCAUGGACCCCUAAAUCCCCUGUAGUAAUUGAAAAUGUAAUUACAUCCUUUUUUUUUUUUUUUUUUUUUUUUGUUCUUUUAAGGAUAGAAGCUUAUUAAACUGUAAGCACUCAAACAUCUCAAACAUCCUCUGAAAUACCAGUGGCUCUAAACAAUGUGCAAUUCCAACUACUAAUUAAACAGGAAGGCUAAAUCACUAUAAAGCUAAACUGAAUUUUAAGUAACUUUGCACUGUUCUCCUGUUUUUUCACACAGCAGAAGAUUUACCAUUUCCUCUCUACAGGCAGCUGAAUUCCUGGAGAAAUAGGAAAACAUCCACUAUUCAGAAUGUUUCCCGAAUAUCAGUGGUUUGGAAAAGUGGGAAAUGAAAGAUCCUUCUACAGCAGGGAUGAGCUGCGAACAGAAGCUCGGCGGAAGAAUCUCCUCAUUCUCAUCUUGCAUUACUUAAUGGAGGAAGGGUACAUGGAUGCUGCGAACACUUUGGAACAAGAGACAAAAUUAGGUUUACGUGGCUAUGAAGUUUGUGACAACGUUGACCUUGAGACAAUUUUGAUGGAAUAUGAAAGCUAUUACUUUGUAAAAUUUCAAAAGUACCCUAAAAUCACAAGGAAGAUCCUGGACACAGCAGAAAAUAAACAACAGCUGGGAACUGGAGGAAGGCAAAGAAGGGCAGUGAGCUCUCAGAAUCUCCCAAGGAUCAAGCAGCAGCCGAUGCAACAACCAUCAUCAAAAACUUCACUGGGGAAUACAGAACUAAAAUCACCCACCAAGGAGAGCCCCAGACAGAAUAAUGAGAGCACAGUAACUCUGGAGCAAUCUGACUUUGGCUUAAGCAUCUCAGCAAUCAACAGAAGUGGAGGAGGAGGAGAAGGCCCUCACCCAAGAAGGGGCCAAGAAGUUGACUUCCAUGGGAUGAUCCAGCAUGUCAAAGUAUCCCCAAAUGGAAUAGGCUUAAGCAGCCUUACUGGGGAUCCAGACCCAUCGGAACGCUUACUGAAACCCCUUAGUGCUUUUAUUGGUAUGAAUGGUGAGAUGAGAGAACUUGCAACUGUUGUUAGCAAAGACAUUUAUCUCCAUAACCCAAACGUGAAGUGGGAUGAUAUCAUUGGUCUGGAUGCAGCUAAAAGGCUCGUCAAGGAAGCAGUUGUUUAUCCUAUAAGGUACCCUCAGCUAUUUACUGGCAUUCUGUCUCCAUGGAAAGGCUUACUGCUGUAUGGACCACCAGGUACUGGCAAAACAUUGCUUGCUAAGGCUGUUGCCACAGAAUGCAACACAACAUUUUUCAACAUAUCAGCAUCCACCAUUGUAAGCAAAUGGAGAGGUGAUUCAGAAAAGCUUGUCCGGGUGCUGUUUGAGCUUGCCCGGUACCACGCUCCUUCCACAAUCUUCUUGGAUGAGCUGGAGUCUGUGAUGAGUCAAAGAGGCACCAUUUCUGGCGGUGAACACGAAGGAAGUCGGCGGAUGAAAACAGAAUUACUGGUGCAGAUGGAUGGCUUGGCCCGGUCUGAUGAUCUUGUAUUUGUUUUAGCAGCUUCCAAUCUGCCAUGGGAGCUGGACUCUGCCAUGCUGCGGCGGCUGGAGAAGAGGAUUUUGGUUGACCUCCCAAAUCAAGAGGCACGGCGGGCGAUGAUCCAGCAUUGGCUGCCACCUCUGAGCAACAGUGGAGGAGUAGAGCUGAGAACGGACCUGGACUACAGCUUGCUGGGCCGGGAAACUGAUGGGUAUUCUGGCUCAGACAUCAAACUCGUGUGCAAGGAAGCAGCCAUGAGACCAGUGAGGAAAGUUUUCGAUGCCCUUGAAAACCAUCAACCAGGUAACAGUAACUUAGCUGCAGUCCAUUUGGACAUGAUCACAACAGCAGAUUUCCUGGAUGUGAUUGCCCACACCAAACCUUCAGCAAAGAAGCUCAGCCAGAAGUACACAGCUUGGCAGAGAGAGUUUGAAUCAGUCUGAGAAGAAAAAUCCUAAAAGACUGAGCACUUCAAAGACUUUCACUACUCAAAAAUGUCGUCUGCAUCACCUCCAAAGGACUGAGUGGCAAUGGAGAAGGGAGUGCUGAGUUUCUGGGAGAAAAGAAACCAAUAGGAAAUGUCAGAGGACAUGAAAACUCCAGCCUUAACUCUAAGUAUAAAGAUCUAAAGAUGGAUUGCUGUUCAGUCUUUAUUCUCAGUAGCUGUUUACAGGUUUGGAGUCCAAGAAGUGGAGCAGAAAGGUGAUGAGAGUAACCUUCCUUUCUGAGACUGACUAAGGGACCACAAUCAGCACAGCUCUGCCAGCAGAGACCUGUGUGCCUUUUUAACCGAGCCUAAGUAAGUGACUGCUUUCAAUGCAAUUGAGCUUAACAGUGCCUGGUACAUUUGGUUGGCUUGUCGUUUUCCUAUGAAAUCAAAGCCUUAGCGUAUUACUUACUGGUUGGUUUGGGGUAUUUCCAAGGUGGAAAGGGCAAGGAAUUAGAAACAUUUGGAGUCAUGGUAGAAAAACAAUAUAAUCUAGCACAAUCACGAGAUAAAUUUCUUCCCAGGAUUUUACUUAAGAGAUUUCUCACCUCCCUGACCUGACUCUGACUGCAGUCCACAAACCCCCUUUAUGCGCUCCAGCAACAAACGACACAGAUUCAGAGGUGCUGGCAGAACAGCAGAUGUUUAAAUUUAUUCACAGCUGUAGGUUAACCUAACUGUAAGUAACCCACCACCUGGCUGCAGCCAGACCAUUUCAUUUAAGGCAAGCUUCCCGUUCAUUCAUCACAAUGAUUUUUUGUUAACAAAGAAUGAGCAUGGCUCAUUAACACAAACCUAUAUUUUCAAUAAACUUAAUACUCCAGUACUGUAUAAUUACAAUCUAGUAAUUUAAGACUCAGGAGCACUGUAAAACAACUGUAAAGGACUUUGAUUAUUACAGUUUGCAAAUGGACCAGAAAAGCUAUUUCCCAUCAUUACGGAGUCGGUUCAUAUUGGUGUGUUUAACACAGAGGAGAAGCAAUGCACAUGACAGAAUUAAAUUUCAUUUUACAGCUCUACUAACCAACUGUGUAAAAACUUGAAUGUGUCCCCACGGCUCAUGAAGGGUUUUUCCCAUAACAUUAAAAAGAAACAAAAAACAACAA